AUGGGGAAAGAUUUGAGUUUUAAUGGCCGUGUAGUGGUCAUUACUGGUGCCGGUGGUGGGCUAGGUAAAGUAUACGCGCUCGAGUAUGCGAAGCGCGGUGCUAAAGUGGUUGUCAAUGACCUGGGAGGUACGCUGGGUGGCAGUGGCCAUGAUAGCAAGGCCGCUGAUGUUGUUGUGGAUGAGAUUGUGAAGAGUGGUGGUACCGCAGUGGCCAACUACGAUUCUGUGAAUGACAAUGGCGAGCAGAUUGUGGAGACCGCUAUCAAGGCGUUUGGUAGAAUUGACAUCUUGAUCAACAAUGCUGGUAUCCUUAGAGAUGUGUCAUUUGCCAAAAUGACGGAGAAGGAGUUCUCAGCUGUGCUAGACGUUCACUUGACUGGUGCUUACAGGCUGACCAAGGCGGCUUGGCCAUACAUGCGUCAACAGAAGUUCGGUAGAAUCAUUAACACUGCAUCUCCUGCAGGCUUGUUCGGUAAUUUCGGGCAAGCCAAUUACUCAGCUGCAAAAUUGGGUCUGGUCGGUUUCGCUGAGACCUUGGCCAAGGAAGGUUACAAGUACAAUAUUAACGUCAACUCUAUUGCACCUUUGGCAAGAUCGAGAAUGACUGAAAAUGUGCUUCCACCACAUAUCCUAAAACAAUUGGGACCUGAGAAGAUUGCUCCAUUGGUGUUGUUCUUAACUCACGAGUCUACGAAAGUUACCAACUCUAUCUUUGAACUAGCAGCUGGUUUCUACGGUCAGAUCAGGUGGGAAAGAUCCGCUGGUCAGAUCUUUAAUCCAAAUCCUGAGACUUACACUCCAGAGGCUAUCCUGAACAAAUGGACCGACAUAACAGAUUUCAAGGACAAGCCCUUCAACAAAGUACAACACCCAAUCAUGCUUUCUGAUUACAAUGAUCUGAUUACCAAGGCCAAGAAAUUACCAGAAAAUAACGACCAAGGAAGCAUCAAGAUAACUUCAUUGAAGGAUAAAGUUGUCAUAAUCACUGGUGCUGGUGGAGGUUUGGGUAAAUCACACGCGUUAUGGUUUGCUAAAUAUGGUGCUAGAGUUGUUGUGAAUGAUAUCAAGGAUCCAAAUACAGUCGUCAAUGAGAUAAACUCUAAAUAUGGCGAAGGAAGAGCCAUCCCAGAUACUCAUAAUGUCGUUACUGAGGCUAAUCAGGUCAUUGAAACAGCAAUGAAGGCUUAUGGAAGAGUAGAUGUCUUGGUCAAUAACGCUGGUAUCUUGCGUGAUAGAUCAUUCUUGAAAAUGACGGAUCAGGAAUGGUUUGCAGUUGUGCAAGUUCAUUUGUACUCAACAUUCCUGCUUUCAAAAGCAGUUUGGCCCAUCUUCUUGAAGCAAAAAGGUGGCCAUAUCAUCAACACUACAUCCACUUCUGGUAUUUACGGUAACUUCGGACAAGCAAACUAUGCUGCCGCCAAGGCGGCAAUUCUAGGUUUCUCAAGAACCAUUGCUGUAGAAGGUGCCAAGAGAGGUAUUAGAGUUAACAUAAUUGCUCCUCAUGCUGAGACUGCUAUGACUAAGACAAUUUUUAGCGAAAAGGAACUAGCUAACCAUUUUGAUGCUUCACAAGUGUCUCCUUUAGUUGUUUUACUAGCAAGUGAUGAAUUACAGAGGACUAACAAAAAGGGAGUCAACGGCCAGUUGUUUGAAGUUGGUGGUGGUUGGGUCGGCCAGACUAGAUGGCAGAGAGCUGCUGGUUACGUCUGUCUGGAGGACAAUGUCACUCCUGAAGCUCUCAAGGAGAACUGGAAACAAGUAGUGAACUUCUCCGGUCACACAACUAACCCAGCUUCUACUGAACAGUCCUCUAUGGGUAUUUUACAAGCUGUUCAAAAAGCCCAAGCUGCAGCUGCAACCGCUAAAGAUGUGUUUGAGUACAACCAUAAGGAUGUUAUUCUCUACAACAUCGGUCUUGGUGCUACUAGUAAGGAAUUGAAGUACACUUACGAAAAUGACUCUAAUUUCCAAGUUCUACCUACAUUUGCAGUUAUGCCUGUCUUUAAUUCUCCUCCUCUGGCUAUGGAUACCCUUGUUGACAACUUUAACUACGCUAUGUUAUUGCACGGUGAGCAAUACUUCAAGAUCGGCCAAAAUCCUAUUCCAGUGAAAGGUGCAUUGAAAACUGAGGUCAAACCACUUCAAGUUAUUGACAAAGGUGGGAAGGCUGCUGUUAUUGUGGCCGGUUAUAAGAGUGUUGAUGCUAAAACCAAUAAGUUGGUGUCAUAUAACGAAAGUACUUUCUUUGUUCGUGGCGCCCAUGUACCACCUAACAAAAAGAAGUACAAUGAACCUCGUGCUCCAUUUGCCGUCCAAAGUUUCCAGGCACCUACUGACAGAGCCCCUGACUACGAAGUGGAAGUCCAAACUCAUAAAGACCAAGCUGCCAUUUACAGACUUUCUGGCGAUUUCAAUCCGUUACAUAUUGACCCAGCACUGGCUAAGCAAGUUGGUUUCCCAUCUCCAAUCAUCCAUGGCUUGUGUACAUUGGGUGUUUCUUCAAAGGCUGUUUUGGAAAAGUUCGGUCCAUAUGAAGAAUUAAAAGUUAGGUUUACCAACGCUGUUUUCCCAGGUGAUACUCUGAAAGUUAGAGCUUGGAAGCAACCCAACAAUGUUGUUAUCUUCCAGACUGUAGAUUUGAACACUAAAAAGAUUGUUCUAGAUAAUGCUGCUGUCAAACUAGUGGGACCCGUCGCCAAACUUUAG